UAAUUGAGGUUAGUCCCGAACCCAGAUGUUCUAUGUGGGGAGAAUGCAACAUCCGUAACGUGCACAACGUUAAGCGUGCCUGAAAAGGCACUGGGAUUGUCUCAACACACCCUAGAAGUGUUAGCCGAUUCGCAACUUGACCGUACUCGAUAUCUCACUUGGCUCACUUGUAUGCGGCAGAUCGCACACACUAUCUGAACAGUUUCAAAAGACCAAGGAACAAAAAGUUCGAAAAGAUAGAGGAAAGCACAUGGGAGCGGAUGAUCUGCAUAUGGCUACAGUGACAAACAGCCCAAGGAUGGCUAUAAUGCUCCUGGUAGAGACCGAUGCUUUACAAAGCAUGGGAACUCCGGGAAGCUGCCAGACGGUGAUAGAAUUGAACAGCUCGAAGGGGAGCUGCCGCCCUCCGAGGCUUUGCAUCGCAUUGACAACAGAAGUCCUUGAAGAAGUCCCUGAUCAUGAAGGUAUCUAUCUCAAUUGUGCCUCCGGAACAUACGCAAGUUUUGCUUCCGAAAUGGACAGUGCAGUGGAAGAUCUUUCGGCCGCGGUGACGCAUUCGUCGUCAAUAUCUUGUCUAUAGUCACCAUCCCAUAUUGACAGUGCGGAGAUUGCUGAUGGAAAACGUCAAGUGCAUAUGCCAAGGUUCCAUAUGCUGCACACCCAUCUAUGGCACUACUCAAUCGGAAUCGGAAUCUGAUAUCGUUCGCUUUUCACGAGGGUUUCAAAGAUAAUGCUCGCAAGGAGCCGUGGUUCAGGCUACAGCUGACCGGAGAAGCCUGGCCUGACAGGACCACGAUUCUUCUCCAGGAUCAUCAUACAUAUAUUUGGGGACAGCAUGCGGUUUGUAUGGAUUCCUUUCGCUUCUCGCUCUCCAUCUCGUGCCUCUUCCUGUGGUUCCUCACUGGCACAAAGAGGUUCCUCCCCCGGCUUGCUGUCGAGACUUGGUCGCGAUGACUACCAUGCCGGGUCCCUCGAAGUCUGGCAGUGAUAUGGAAUUGGAAGUGAGGGCAUCGAGUUCUGGCGCGGGCUCGUUCACGGGGAUAUUUGACCCGGAGAAAGGUUAUGUUGUACAAGCAAGCCUGCCAACCUUUGACGAUCCUAAUUUCGAUAGUGAUGUUGAUUUCUUGGAGGAGGACUCUCCGUAUCCCGAAGUCCGGUCGGCUGUAUCGAACACUGAUGAUCCUGACAUGCCCGUCAGUACUGUAAGGUCAUGGAUUAUUGGCCUCAUCUGGGCGAUAAUCAUACCGGGGAUGAACCAGUUCUUCUACUUGCGUUAUCCCUCGGUUCAGGUAUCUAGUAUUGUUGCGCAGUUGCUCUCGUACCCUGUUGGUUGUCUAUGGGCACGAUAUCUUCCCGCGGUGUCAAUAUUCGGACUUUCGCUCAAUCCCGGACCUUUCACUAUCAAGGAGCAUGUGUUGAUCACCAUGAUGGCAAACGUAGGAUCAACAUCUGCCUAUGCAGCCGAUAUUGUCGCAGUGCAGCGAAUAUACUAUAAUGAGAUACAUAGCUUCGCCUACCAAUGGUUGAUGACAAUGAGUACGCAGCUGAUUGGCUUUUCAUUCGGUGGCAUUGCUCGACGAUUCCUUGUCCAGCCGCCUUCUAUGAUCUGGCCAACGAACCUCGUGACCUGCGCACUCUUCAACACUCUACAUUCCCAACAAUACGCUGGAAUCGGUGAUCGGGGUGGUAUAAGUCGAGAACGAUUUUUCUUCUAUGCUUUCACCGCUUCGGCGUUGUGGUACAUCUUGCCUGGCUACUUGUUUUCUGCACUCUCGAUGUUCAACUGGGUUUGCUGGAUCGCACCAGACAACGUGGUCGUGAAUCAGUUGUUUGGUUAUAGUUCUGGCCUGGGCAUGUCCAUUAUUACCUUCGACUGGUCACAGAUCGUAUAUAUUGGGUCUCCUCUGGCAACUCCUUGGUGGGCCGAAGCGAAUAUCUUUGCUGCAUUCGCUUUCUUCUUCUGGAUCCUGACGCCUCUGUUGUACUACACAAACACUUGGUAUGCCCAGUACAUGCCCAUCUCUUCCCGCACAAGCUUCGACAACAGUGGUCACGUCUACAACGUAACCCGAAUCAUCAAUGCUGACCACACCUUCAACGUCGAGAAAUACAAAACCUACAGCCCGCUUUUCUUGUCCACGACAUUUGCAAUAGCUUAUGGCCUUUCUUUCGCUUCGAUAACUGCGACGAUCAGUCAUACGGUUCUCUAUUUCCGGAAGCUACUGAUGGCCCAGGUCAAACGGUCAAUGAGCGAACAGCCGGAUGUACAUGCGAGGUUGAUGUCGAGGUAUCCGCAGGUGCCGGAGUGGUGGUAUACCGUGAUAUUCGUUACAAUGUUUGGCUUCGGUGCUGUCUCGAUCGAGGUUUGGCAUACGGACUUUCCUGUGUGGGCAUUCAUUGUUGCUUUGUGCGUUUCCUUCCUGUACACAAUUCCUAUCGGUAUGAUCCAAGCUAUCACCAACCAACAAGUCGCUCUCAACGUCAUUUCGGAGCUCGUUGUUGGAUACAUGCUUCCCGGAAGACCCGUCGCGAUGAUGCUUUUCAAGACAUGGGGAUAUAUCACUAUGGCUCAAGCUCUGACAUUCACAUCUGAUUUCAAGCUUGGGCAUUACAUGAAGAUACCGCCAAGACCAAUGUUUUGGGCUCAGGUCAUCGCAUCUAUCGUUGGUUUGACUGUACAGCUCGGAGUGCAAUCCUGGAUGUUUUCGAAUAUUCCAGACAUGUGCACAGAGAACCAGCCUAACGGCUUCAGCUGCCCAGGGACACAAGUGUUUGGUACAGCUUCGAUCAUCUGGGGAGUAAUUGGACCGGCACGGCAAUUUUCCAAGGGACAGAUCUACUACGGCCUGGUAUUUUUCUUCCUGGUCGGCGCGGUGAUGCCGUUCAUCGGAUACAUCAUCCAACUCAGAUGGCGAAAUUCAUUCAUGAAAUACGUGAACUUUCCGCUCAUCUUCAAUGGCGUCAGUUACAUCCCUCCAGCAAACGCCAAUAACUAUGUUCCGUGGGCACUUGUCGGCUUCUUGUUUAACUACGUCAUCCGGAGACGCCAUUUCUCCUGGUGGACAAAGUACAACUAUGUCCUUUCGGCUGCACUAGAUUCUGGUGUAGCCAUAUCCAUGAUCCUCAUCUACUUUUGUCUGCAGUAUCCUCUCAAUGGUUCAAUAGGAGCGAACACCAUUCAAUCAUGGUGGGGUAACAAAGGUUACGCUGAAAAUGCUGACGGGUAUGGGACACCACUACGUAUUUUGGCGGAAGGGGAGAUCUUCGGGUGUGUUUGUGCUUCUUUGAAUAAUCAUCGUGCUUCUUAUUCACGUACUUCAUCUCAUCUAGACCGCCUCCGGGUUCAUGGUCAUGAACGCAUUGCCUGUCUUGGGGGCUUAUAUAUUGAUUUAUAGUUGUGCGACAUGUAUGUAUCAAUAGCUAGACGAUCUACGGUGCCGAUUUAUGAGACCAGGUGGAAAUAACCAAAAGUCAGCAUUCCGAUCCUGCAUAAGUUAUAGGCCUAGCUUCCAGUCUCUAGUACACUUUCAGAAUAGACACAAGCGCGCCUGAUUCUAAGAUGAGAUUAUCGGAACAAUGAAUAGUUGCUUACACU